GUAAGGCUGCGGCCCGCGCUAUCGGCUUCCCGCUCUCGCGAUUUCAAACGGAUUUUAUGUGAAUUGUGACAUGUAAACAAAUGUUCGUAAUAAUAUUGCUUCGUAAAUGUAAUGCCGUGAAAAUAUGAAUGGACAAUACUGAAAGAGUUAGCCAGUAGAAUGAUUUCGAAUUGAAUUUCGAAAAUAUUGUUGUGGUAUUUUGAAGCAAGUUUUUCUAAUGCACCAAUUGGCAUGACAAACGAGGGUAAAUUGACGUUAUAGUUCAUGAUGUAAAGUGGUGGCCAUGCGUGUGAAGUGGGCGACGGUGCUCGUGAUGCUGGCGGCCUGCUGCGCGCAGGAGGGCGAGUGGAGCGAGGACGCCGAGGACCUGGUGUCGACGGUGGACGUGGACGCGGUGCUGGGGCGCACGGCGUCGCUGCCGUGUGACGUCACGCCCGACGCCGCCGAGGACCGCGUCUACAUGGUGCUCUGGUUUAGAGCGGGGAAGAUCACUGGCGGGAAACCCAUAUACAGUUUCGACGUGCGCGGGCGGUCGUUCAACAAGGCGCUGCAGUGGUCGGACCCCAACGUCUUCGGUCCGCGCGCGUACUUCGCGACCGUCGCGCGCCCCGCGUCGCUCACGCUCGACACCGUGCAACUCGACGACGAGGGAGUGUACCGCUGUCGAGUCGACUUCAAGAACUCCCCGACGAGGAACUUCCAGAUACGCCUCUCUGUUAUAGUGCCACCGCACCAGCUGAUCCUGUACGACAAGUCGGGGAGGGACAUCUCGGGCGUGGUGGGGCCGCUGGAGGAAGGGAACGAGCUCGUCCUCAUCUGCGAGGUCCGGGGAGGUCGUCCAGCGCCAACGGUGAUCUGGCUGAUAGACGGCGCGCCCGCCCCGCAGUACAUCGGCGAGAAGACCGACACGCACGUCGUCGUCAACCGCCUCGAGCUGUCCCACGUCAAGAGGACCCACCUCAACACCACCUUCAAAUGCCGGGCCUCCAACACGAACCUCGUCAGCCCGCAGGAAAAGACCGUCCGACUGGAAAUGAACCUGAGACCAACAUCAGUAGCGAUAACGAACAAGCCAGCAACACUGUCGUCGGAGCGGUACGUCAGCCUGUCAUGCGUGGCGGAGGGUAGCCGCCCGCCCGCCCAGCUCACAUGGUUCAAGGACAACCGAAAAUUCAAAAGGGCAAAGGUGACGGAGGCAAUGAACGAGACGUGGGUGAGCAGCAGCAUGCAGUUCAUGCCGCUGCCGGAGGACGACGGCGCGCAGAUCAAGUGCCAGGCCGACAACGCCGCGCUGCCCGGACAGAGCAUCGACGACUCCUUCCGGCUUGACGUUGUGUAUCCACCUGUGGUUACUCUGUCGCUAGGCAGCACCCUCAACCCUCACGAUAUUAAAGAAGGAGAUGACGUGUACUUCGAAUGUUCAGUCAAAGCCAACCCUAAGGAACAUAGGAUAUCAUGGUAUCACAAUGACAAGCCUGUUCUACACAACGUGGUAUCUGGGAUCAUCGUCAGCACCAAGUCGCUGGUGCUGCAGCGAGUGACGCGCGACCAGAGUGGCGACUACUCGUGUCGCGCGAGCAACUCCCUCGGUGAAACCGCCAGUCAAGCCACCAUACUGAGUAUACAAUAUGCGCCGGUCUGUCUGAGCGGUUCCCCGCAAGUGGUGGGAGCUCAACUGGACGAGACGCUGAGGGUGCGGUGCGCGGUCACCGCCAACCCGCCUGACGUCACCUUCUUCUGGCAGUUCAACAACAGCGGCGAGAGCUUAGACGUCUCUCCGACUAAAUUCGGCACGGCGAACGGCAGCACCAGCGAACUAAUCUACCGGCCGCAGAGCGAGCGGGACUACGGGGCGCUCAGCUGUCGCGGCUCCAACGCCGUCGGCCGACAACUUGAUCCCUGCGUCUUCCAGAUCGUGCCCGCCGCUCGUCCCGCGCCGCCGCGCAACUGUUCGCUACAAACAGGGCCGAACAGCACGGAGGGGAGCUUGCUGUUCGUGCGCUGUGUCAUCGGCUACGACGGCGGCCUGCCGCAGACUUUCAUCCUGGAGGCACUCGAUCCCAUCACGGCCAUCACCAGAUUCAACACCAGCGUCAACGAAACUGAUGGACUCGCCAUUUUCAAACUAGAUCUCUCGCAGCUAUCGACUGGGGAUGUGGAGAGAGCCACAUUUAAUCUUCUCAUCUAUGCGAGAAACCUCAAGGGAGAGUCGGAGAAAACUCUCCUUGAAAAUAUUGCUUUCAACGACGCCGCGAGGAGGACGGACGGCAAGAAUGCUCUAGGAGGAGUGACUCUAGGAGUAGUUGUGGCGGCAGCAUUAGGAGCUACAUUGGCGGUAGUGGGGAUCGCAUUAGCAGCGUUCUGUGCUCACAGGAGAAGAGCCCAGCCUCCCCACAAGCACCCCCCGGGAGACAUGUUGGAACUGAGUGACGACUGCCGGAGAUACGUGGUGGCUUACACCAUUAAACCGUCGCCGGAUUCCAAAACGCCGGAGAACGGACCGCAACCUGACAUACUGAUUGCUCCAGAAAGCGACUGCCAAAAUAUGCAGUCCACAGCGGCACCCGAAGAGUGGAACAACGUUAAGGAAAUGAGAGAGGGCUGGUGUAAAUCUACGCCCGUAUUUUCCGCCGAGGACUUGGCCCUGCUGGACUCGGCGGGGCGCCCUCAGGAGCUCAUGUCCGGGGGCGAUCUGCUGAAUCCGCAGGAGGACGCGAUCAACCAGAAUCUGGUCCAACCGAUCUUGACGAGCAACUUUAGGCCCAACUACGUGGUGAACAGCCCAACGCUGGGCAGUCCGAACUUCGUCUGUCCGAACGGCAACGCGGGGUCGCCUUUCGGCAGCCAGACCCUCACGGGCCCUUCCCUGAGCUCCAGCAGCCUGGCCACCUCGACGCUGCACAGGAAAGGGAAAAGCAACGUGAGGAGAAGAGAGCACGUGCUAGCCGAGAACCUGCCCGGGCCGGAGAGCUGCGUGUGAGCGUCUCUAGUGGACUUAACGUUUAUUCCUGCUGACGACAGCCUUUCGAAAUUUAAAAGUUUUUCCCUCUAUUUAUACACUGCCGGUUUUUAUUAAGGCCUUAUUAAACUGAUAGAAAAUUAUAAAAUAGCGCGAACUACAAAGCUGUGUGAAAAAGCGAGGCUGUUUUAAAUA